UGUUGAUGAGAUGAACAAUACAAAGAGUGGAGAAUUGAUCAUUAUAAAAAGAAUAGUUGAGUGAAGCUCAUAGAGAAUGAGUUUCAUAGUGGAAACUUGGAAGUUGGGGCAUUUAUUCUAAUAUAUAAUAAUAAUAUAAUGGAAUAACUUGCGGAGGUACACUACAUAUUCUAGACGUGGUAUGACAGGCAAUGAGUCAACUAAGCCUGUUUGUCACUUGAAUAUUUUAGUUCCAUACCACCUAUGUAUGUAACUUCAUUCAUUCUUUCCCAGGUUAGGAUGAAAAUGGGAGAAAAUGAUGGUAGCUACAUGAUGAUGGUGAUAAUCACCAUAGUUAUUACCUUUGUCUCCUUGAUUUGGUGGUUUGUUGCGACUAGAGGCGGAGGGAGGAGCAAGGGUAAGUUGCCUCCGGGGGGAAGAGGGUGGCCGGUGGUGGGGGACAGCAUCAGCUGGUACAAUGCUGUUGCGAGUUCCCAUCCCCCAGCCUUCGUCCACAAGCAGGUCCGUCGCUACGGCCCAAUAUUCUCCUGUAGUCUCUUCGGGAAGUGGGCGGUUGCUUCUGCGGAUCCUGCCUUCAAUAAAUUUGUUAUGCAAAACGAAGGCAAGCUGUUCCAGUCGAACUACCCAAAAUCCUUCAGAGAUUUGGUGGGGAAGAAUGGGGUGAUUACUGCGCAGGGAGACCACCAGAGGAAGCUUCAUUCCAUCGCCUCCAACAUGAUGCGGCUUGAAAAGCUCAGGUUUCACUUCCUGCAGGAUAUUCAGAUGGUUAUCAGACAGAUCUUCACCAAUCUACACCUCAAUCAGGUUGUCCCUCUUCAAGAUGUUUGUCGCAAGCUAGCAAUUAACUUGAUGGUCAAUCAACUCCUUGGAGUCUCCUCUGAAUCCCAAGUCAAUCACAUAGCUCAAUUGUUCUCACAUUUUGUCGAUGGCUGCCUCUCUCUUCCGAUCAAUUUACCAGGCUUCGCUUAUCACAAGGCAAUGAAGGCUAGGGAAAAUAUAAUAAGCAAGAUUAACACGACUAUCGAGAGUCAUAAAAGGAAUUCCUCCUCAGAUAUUGGCAAUGGUGUUCUGGGAAGGCUGCUAGAGGAAGAAAGCUUACCUGAUGAUGCUGUUGCUGACUUUAUCAUUAACCUUCUAUUUGCUGGAAAUGAGACCACAGCUAAAACCAUGCUCUUUGCUGUUUACUUCCUCACACAAUGUCCCAGAGCCAUGAAGCAAAUGCUGGAUGAGCACCAGAGCCUAAGGAGUGAAAGGGGUGAGGAGGAGAUGCUUACCUGGCAAGAUUACAAAGCUAUGCCUUUCACUCAAUGUGUGAGUCCUCUUUUAAUCAUCUAUCACUAUUACCUCACUCCAGUUUGGCACAAAACUCUUGCUAUAAUAUAUACCCUGGGUAAACAACCAUUAAUAUUUCUCCAGGUAAUUGACGAAACUCUACGUCUAGGAGGCAUUGCCAUUUGGCUCAUGAGAGAAGCCAAAGAACAAGUAGAAUAUAAAGAUUAUGUCAUUCCAAAAGGAAGCUUUGUGGUGCCAUUUCUUUCAGCAGUCCAUUUAGAUGAAAAUGUCUACGGUGAUCCACGUAGUUUUAAUCCAUGGAGGUGGAUGGAACCAGAAAAUCAGGAAAAGAGAAACUGGAGGAGCAGCCCAUAUUUUGCACCUUUUGGCGGAGGAGCUAGGUUUUGUCCAGGGGCAGAGUUGGCUCGCCUUCAGAUUGCCCUCUUCCUACAUUACUUCCUCACCACAUUUAGGUGGAGGCAGGUGAAGGAUGACAACAUGUCUUUUUUUCCAUCAGCUCGAUUGGUGAACGGAUUUCAGAUACAAUUGAAUAGAAUAAGCCAUGAUCACCGCGUAUCCACCUCUAUCAACUGAACAAACAAACUAUAUUUGUUUGUUGUUCAGUAUUCUUCUGGGGUCUGAGGAAGGCUCUUCAUCUGUAAAUUACCUUCAAAUACAUAUGUAUUGUUGUGGAAAUGGAUGUAAAAAAUAAUUUCUGCUCUUUAUCAAACGAAUACUGCAAUACUAUCAGUCUAUUGGACAAGGAUUUGCCAAAUACACUGCCCAAUAAACAAACUUCACAGGGAUGUAGAAAAAAGAAUAGGUUAUCAACAUGAAGGAAUAUGCAAGAACCUAUAAGUUCAGUUACAUAAAAAGUAACAUUACCUGAGAGAAGACAAGGAAAUGAAACAACUUUGUUGCUCCGGCCGAUGAUAUUCAACAUGAACAUACAUGCCAGUUCUGUGUUUCAAUAAGAUUUCCAGUUUCAGAAUAACAGGAAAAGAAGGCUACUGAAUCCACACUAACCUUGUGUUAUGUGAUAUCAGCCUAUUAAGUUCUACAUGAAGUUUCCAUGUUUUAUCCCGGGAUCAAAGACUUACAACUGGAAAAUGAUACAGAAACCAGACAAAAGUAACCCUUCAAAGCGACAAACAGAGAUUUUUUUAAAUGUGCUAAGUUAAAUCUUCAAAUAUGCCAGCACAGUACUUGAACUCUAACUAGUGAUGCAGUUGACAUUCAUUGAAGUAGCAUGGUGCUUGGACGUGAAGGAAUAAUGAUGAUUGUUAAGCCAUUCAAGAGUCAAGACUAUUGCCUGAGACAUCUCUCUCAGUACAUCAAAGUUUAGUUGAAAAAUAAUUCUCCAAACAAGCAUGCUCCAUCCUAAACACAUUCCAUUUUAUUAACUGAAAAAAGCACUCCAAGAAAAUAAUCAUUGACACACAAGCUCUCAUUUCAUCAAUACAACCAAAGCAUAGAAUUCUCAUCAUAGUUCUCCAUUAGUUAAAAAAUUGACCGAGAAGCUAAUUGACCAUCUUCUAUGACUGAACUGCCAAAUAUGAUGGGAAUCAGUCAGAGGAGAUGCAAAAUACAGGUCUCACUUUUCACUUAUGACCAGUACAAUUAUACAUAGUUAAGAACUCUUUAAUAAAGUAACAUAAAUGCAAAGUAUAGUUUUAUCUCUUGCACAUGCAAAAAUUCAACCUAUCAGUUGAUCAGCAGGAAUGCCAACUUUCACCAGUAGUGUUCCCUGAACAUUUGAGAUGAGAUAUAUGGCUUUAAAAAUAAGCAAAACAUCUAAAAAAACUCAUCCACAGAUACUUACAUAAGAAAAAAUAGAGUCCAUCAGGCGUAGGCAUCAGAAAACCAUAGAGGAGUUACAUAAAUCAACCAAGUCGUUCCAGGAGUAUUCCAUCCUUUAUAUAAUUGUACAGUUGCAGACCAUAUACUUAUUCCAGUUCAAGAUUCAAACACUUGUAAGUGACAUGGGCAUUAUGAAAACUAAAUCAGAAACAUGUCUUUGUAGUUAGUGUGUAACCUGAUCAAGAGAAGACAAUGAACACAGGCAUAGGCCAGAAAAUAAAAGGUGCGAAACAAUUUCUUUUAUUGUCUACAAUCUUACACGAAUUGGGCAUCUGAAUCAAGCAAACAACAGCUACAAACAGCACUCUGAAUUCUAAAUACAAACACUGGAUAUAGAACUUAUCAAUACCAGCUGCACGAACAGGAAAAUCACAACGAAAUUAACAGAAGCAAACACCGUAAUUCCAUGUCUGCUAGUGCUAAGAGGGUGACAAAAGGAGAUGAGGAGUUGUCUGUCAUGUCCUUCAAAAAACACAAGCAACCAACCAACCAACCAAACGCAGCACAACUUAUGAGGGGACUUAGGGUACAAAUUCAUAUGCAAUAUUGACAGUGAGCGAAUCAUUCAUUAGCAAGAUCAAACAACAACAACA